UCGGGGGCAGAUACUGUAUGAUGUAAUCAAAAUGCUCCAGGCUCUACACACACACACACACACACACAGAAGGCAUACGGAUGGAUCUCAGCUGCUCUUUCUCAAACAUAAUUUAACCCCCAUCAUCAUCAUCAUCGAGCACUUUGGACGGAAAGGGUUCGGUGUCAUGUGGUGGAGUUCUGGACCAGAGAGUAGCUGGUUGUGUGGCAUCAGCAGCAGCAGCAUGAGCAUCAGCAGUACCGGCCGGGGAUGCUGCUGCUCCUGCUGCUGAUCCGGACUCCUCCUCCUCACUCUCCUCCUCCUCCUCUUCUUGUUCGGCAGUGGUCGGCUUCAACAUCCUGCGCGUAAAAAUGGCCUCGACGUCGGUUCUCCUGUAGCCGCCUGUCCCCGCUUCCUUCUCCCCACCAUGACACGAAAGUCGCCUGCUUCACAUUUCCACACUUCAGAUCUGUGUGGAACCUGGAUCUGAGGAAUCUGAGCCUCUUGUUUUCCUCCUCUCUCGUUGCCAUCAUGGAUCUGUGAGUUCUCGCCUCAGCUGCUUUGGGACAUUUUUCUCGGGUUUUACGCACAGAUCUGCAGUGAGUCGCUGCUGCUGCUGCUGCUUCUGCCGGGAAGGAGAUGAGCAGCCGAGGCUUGACCACCUUCAGUGUGGAGGUGUGGAGGUGCUGCUGCUGCUGACCGCCUCAACAAACGUGGAGAGUGGGGACGUUUUUCCAUUUCCUACUCAGGUUUAAACCAUGGCCAGUGAACCUGUCAUCCUCAACGUGUAUGAUAUGUACUGGAUAAAUGAAUACACUUCCAAUCUGGGUAUUGGAGUUUUCCACUCAGGCAUCGAGAUUUAUGGCAGAGAAUUCGCAUACGGGGGUCACCCGUACCCUUUCAGCGGCAUCUUUGAAAUCAACCCGGGAAACGCCGCGGAACUGGGCGAGACAUUCAAAUUCAAGGAGGCCAUUGUUCUGGGCACCACAGACUUCACGGAGGACGACAUAGAUAAAAUCAUGGAGGAGCUCGGGAAAGAGUUCAAAGGGAACGCCUACCAUCUAAUGCACAAGAACUGCAACCACUUCUCCUCCUCGCUGUCAGAGCUGUUGUGUGGGCGGGAAAUCCCUCGCUGGGUGAACAGACUGGCCUACUUCAGCUCCUGCAUUCCUUUUCUGCAGAGCUGCCUGCCCAAGGAGUGGUUAACCCCGGCUGCCCUGCAGAGCCACAUCAGCCUCGGCCUCCACAAAGAGGACCAGAACGAGUCCAGCGACGAGGACCCUUCGUCACCGUCCGGUGCCACCGCCGGGUCGGGCUCUUCGCACAGCUGUCGCCACACGAGGGUGUGAACUGGACCUGCUUGCCCCUCAAAAAACACACACUGACCUCUGGACCUUCCUGCCACUACUGCUAAUGACUCAAGUGGCAUUUGUAGGCUUGAACAACCACCUGACCUCAUACUGUUUGUCCUCUGAGUAAAGAGGCGGGAAGUGGAGUCUCCUCUUUGUGACGAGAGCGUCAGACCUACAGCACAGAGAACAUGUCUGCCCCUUCUACAGAUCGCAUGAAGACAGAGGUGGACUCCAACUGAUUUCAACAACAACCACUUGUAGAUCUGAAGUUUCUAGUAUGUUGUUCUUAGUCUUUUUCCAUGAACUUUUAAACCUUUGUCAGCCUUGUUCCCCGCCCUGCCUUCAGAGCUGCUUUUGUAGAGUAUGUAGAGAAACACCAGAAGCUCCUGACAGUGACGCUAAAUGGCAUCUGUUUAAAUUGAACAAGUUCUCAUUCAGUAACCUCUUUGUGGCCUUCAGUUGAUAUAGUUGACUCUGCUUUCUUUGUGUGGAGCUUUAAGUAGAUGACUUCGGCCAUUUUAGCAGGUUAACGGGUUGAAGAGGAUUGGACUGUCCCGUGAUUUCAAACAGUUGCAUGUUGAAAGAAUUUGAUAAUGCAUCAAAAUACACACACCAUAUCAUCUCUCCCCUCCUUUCUUUUAACAUAAGGUCUCAAGUGGGGCUCAUUUUAAACGGUACGCUGACGAUACAACCAGUUUAUCAGCCGUUAAAAGGCAAAUGAUGUUCAGUUUCAUUAGACACUGUUCAUACAGCCUUGGGCAGCCAAGUCACUACCUGUGAACACAAACACAGACAAAGUCAUGCUGCCACUCUGACUAUUGAACUGACUUUGGACCCACUAUCUUUUUUGUCACACUUUUUUAUCCAAAUGGUAUUUAUAUUAUACUGGUACAAUUACUGUUUUCACCGUUAAACUGGUACAAAAGACUGAGCGAGGAAAGCAGCAUUUCAGUAUUCCUCUUUAAACUGAAGUCAUCAUAAAGGGAGUAGCUCCACAUUUUUGGAAGUACUGUGCAUUUAUUUACUUGCUCUCAGAGGAAUAGAUGUGAAGAUCAAUACCACUUUCAUAUCUGUACAGUGAAUAUUUAAGCUACAGCCAGCAGCCUGGUUAGUUUAGCUUAGCAUAAAGGCUCUUCUCCAAAGGUAACAAAAUCUGCCUACCAGCACACAUACAAAUCUAUAAUUUACAUUUUCCAAGGUCCUAUAUCAAUCUCCUCCUUCAUCAGGUGAGACUAAGAGCAUUUCUCAUAUCUUGAACAUCAUAUUUUUUUUGUUUUUCAUUGAUUUUAAGUACUGUGAACUGAAACUGUGACAUGUUUACGGAUACAAAGCUUUUUAAGCAGAGGAGUUAAAAGACACAUUUUUACAAAAUGAUGUUGCUAAAUGUCAGAGGUUGGGUUUGUUGUAGUGAGAAGGUCUGAUUUUCAUUAAGGGAAAAUACUGUAUGAUGUCAUUUACUUAUUUGUAAUCAUAAUGGACUUGGCAUGCAUUCAAUUAGGCUAUUUCCCCUCUAAUAUUACUGACGGUAGUGAUUAUACUGAUCAUGGUAAUGGUUGCAAACAUCAGGCUCCUUGUGAUUUACUAAUUUCCUGUUGCUUGCUUUGAUUAUUUCAAGCGGUUUGAAUCGUUUCUUUGCCAUUGAUCCUGUUGUGGUGCGUUCAACGACAAGUGACCCUUUCUCAGGAUGGAUGGAAAUCACAUGACUUUGUAACAACGAUAGUCGUCUCACUCCUGCUGAACACCUUGAUCUUAAAAGUGCAAAUUAAUUAUCAGACUUAAAUAAGCUGUAACCUACUUUGUUUUUUUGGUGUUCAGAUUAUUUGUCCUCUAUUUUCUUUGUUUGAUAGUUUCUUUGUUCGAUGCUUGGACUUGAUAGGGCUGUACAGUGGUCAGUAUUUCAUGCCCACAAGUCUCUGGCAUUUUCUGCAGAGCAGAUCAGACAUGUAUUUUCUAUCGUACUGUGUCAACCUCAACCAUGUAUUUCCCUUUCCUAACCCAAGACAAUUUGAAGAAUGAUGAUAUAGCACUAGAAUAAAGAGAUGGAUAACCACA